UUCCAUUUGAUCCAGAGGACUGGUCCAAUAAGUUCGGCUCCACCCGGCCAUGGCUGGUAGUGGCAGCGUUCUGCAACGCACAAGCCCGCGCUAUUUAAACCAACCCGGCAGAUCUCUACUUCGCGCACCGCUCCGUCCAAUCCGUGCGCUGAUACCUCCUGUGAGAGCCAUGGAAGCUCACGCGAUCCAUGCGCUCAACACGUCUUCCUCCUCCAACGCCGGCUUAUGUGUCAUCAAUGGCGCGCAAGAGCUUUCCAAGAACGGCAAGCCCAAACACAUGAAGCGCGAGAGAACCGCGUCCCCGCCUUCUCCCGGUAGCCCACCGCCUGAUGCCAUCGACGGCGGCGGCGAGGAGGGCAGCAACAGCAGCAAGAAGGGGAGCGCCGGGAGGCACCCGUCGUACCGCGGCGUGCGGCGCCGGAGCUGGGGCAAGUGGGUGUCGGAGAUCCGGGAGCCGCGCAAGAAGUCGCGCAUCUGGCUCGGCACGUUCCCGACCGCGGAGAUGGCCGCGCGCGCCCACGACGUUGCCGCGCUCGCCAUCAAGGGACGCGCGGCGCACCUCAACUUCCCGCACCUCGCGCACGAGCUCCCCCGCCCGGCGUCCACCUCCCCCGCUGACAUCCAGGCAGCGGUCGCCAAGGCAGUCGCUGCCGAUGUAGAGCAAUGCGAGACCUCCCCUGCUGCCGAGAUUUCAUCGUCAUCGGCUGCCAGUUCGGAGGAGGCCGCGGCCGGCCAUAGCGAGGAGAACGCGCUGUUCGACUUGCCCGACCUUCUGCUCGACCUUCGGGACGGCCUCUGGUCGUCACCCCUCUGGACGGCGGCUUCAGCGGCGGCCGAAGAGUACGACAGCGCCGGCGACACGGUCGGCUUGCACGAGCCGUUCCUGUGGGCCGAUGAUCAGUGCUGAUUGGACGCUGCCGCGCAGGUGUCCCCGGACUAGCCGUUCCGUUCGGACGCGCCGGCCGUGACCGGACAGUGGUUGGCUGCAACAAACGCAGACGACCAACACCACGUGGCAUGCUUCAUGAUUAAUUUGGCGAAAGAUUAAGUUGGGAGUGAAGAUAUUACUACGACAUAUAUACACUUGAGUGCCUUCUUCUUAUGAUAAUCGUAUUGUGUAUUGUAAUGUCGAAAAUGUGUGAUGCAAUAAUGAUCUGCUUGCGACCUCUACAUCUCAAAUGCCACCCAUUUU